CCCUUACCCUCACAGGCAUGCAAAACUCGCGGUAUGGGCGGCUCGCCUCAGUCUACCCUUAGCGGAAUCGGAAGCUGGUCCGGCCGUAGCUUAGUUUCCAGCGAAGGAACACCGAACGGAUCUUCCCGUGUUCCUUCCCCUUCGAUGACGCCGUUUGCCAACCAAAACGACCCUUGGGAGGUUAUAUACCAAGCCGCAGGACAAGUGGCCAGGAUGAAGCUGAACGACCACGUGUCUCAGAGCAACAGAGGGUUUCUUAACUCUGCACGCACCACUGCAGCAGCACCGAAGAACCUCCACACCACCGUAUGCCGCUCGUUCUAUAACCACGCUCUUCAGGUUUCUCAAGAGCAGGUGUUGAAUCAACAGUGUGGUUCUACUUGGGGAAGGCAGGGGGCUGGUAAUAAAGCAUACUGGCUCCUCCAACAGUAGAACAGAGCGCGUGAAAUUUGUUACGAGAGUGUAAAAUGUGGUAAUCGUCAAGAAGCUUCGCCAUAGUU